UCGCUCACAGCUUGCUCUGCUCAUCCAUCUCUAAUUGCCAUUUCUCUGCAUGUAACGCUCCCUUCCUUUCUUCGAGUGAUUAAUUUGAUCGAAGUUCGAUCCUUAAAGCCGAAAAUGGUCACUGUGCGUUUCGUGACGGGUAUUAUUGGAAAUGCUACGACCCUAAUCCUGUACUUGUCCCCAAUGAUCACAGUCAGGAGGAUCUUCAAAAGCAAGAGCACAGAGCAAUUUUCAUCUUUUCCAUAUGCAAUGACUAUGCUCGAAGGCCUCCUAUACACCUGGUAUAGUCUUCCUUUCGUAUCACCCAACAACCUUCUCAUAACCACUAUCACUAGCACUGGGGUGGCAAUCGAGUUCAUAUACUUGUUGAUCUUCCUCGUAUAUGCACCGAAGAAGGAGAAGCUUAAGAUUGUGGGCCUCCUCGCAUUUGUGCUCACGGUGAUCGCAACAGUUGCCCUAGUUUCCCUCCUUGCGUUGCAUGGGAAACCGAGGAUGCACAUGUGUGGUAUUGUUACCACCAUUUUUACUAUUGUCAUGUAUGCUUCACCUUUAUCGGUUGCGAGGAUGGUGAUCAAGACAAAGAGCGUCGAGUAUAUGCCAUUUUGGCUGUCUCUCUUCACGUUCAUAUGCGGUAUUUUAUGGUUCCUCUUUGGCCUCCUCGGAGCUGACCCUUACGUUUAUGUGCCCAAUGGGCUUGGGGGCUUGCUGGGCAUGAUGCAACUGAUAUUGUAUGCCAUUUACCGCGACAAAAAAGCCGAGCCCAAGAAGGCUGUAGAUGAUGGUUUCAUAGAAAAAGUCGAGCCCAAGAAGGCUGCAGAUGAUGGUUCCGUCGUCGAGAUGAACUCCGUGGAUCUCGAAAAAGCCAACCCGAAGAAGCAUCAAGAUCCAAUUUAAUUGAUCAGUUCGGGAACCACCGAGUCUACGGAAGCUGUGAUGAAGAUUUGCAUACUAUAAAUAUGAUAAGGGCGGCCCAAGGGUAAAGGCCAUCCAAGCGACUGCUUGAGGCCCCCAAAAUAUAAGGCCCUACAUCUUAUUUCCUAUAUUUAAGAAUUUAUAUAACUGUAUACAUGCACUUGCGUAAAUACAUGGGCAUUGCACGUGAGAAUUCAUCUUC